AUGCCUAAAAUAUUAAAUAAAUAUUAUGCUAUUCAAGUUGGAUACAAAAAAGGAAUUUAUAAAAAUUGGAAAGAUUGUAAAAAACAAAUUCAUAAAUAUCCUGGUGCCUUGUAUAAAAAAUUUAAUACAAAGAAACAAGCUAAAAAAUAUAAUAAUGAACAAAAUCAAGAAAAAAAUGAAAACUUUGAACAAAUUUGGACAGAUAGAUAUUAUGAAAAUAAUGGAAAAAUAGAUGCAUAUGCUAGAAUUGGAGUUUUUUUUAAAGAUAAUAAUCUUAGAAAUUUAUUAGAGAAAUUAUCUGGUACAAAACAAACAAAUAAUAGAGCAGAGAUUUUUGCAGUUAUUAGAGCAAUUGAAAUUUCUAAAAAUGAUCAAGAUAUAAUUAUCAAUACAGAUAGUAUCUAUAUAAUUAAUAGUUAUAAAGUAAAAAAUCCAAAGAAAAAUUUUGAUCUAGUGAAUAGAAUGAAUGAUUUGAUAAAAGAAAGAAAAGGAAAAGUAAUUUUUAAACAUGUAAAAGGUCAUAGUGGUAUUUAUGAAAAUGAGCAAGCAGAUAGAUUUGCAUAUUUAGAAUCACAAAAAUCUCAUGUAAAACUUUCUUUUGCUAAAAGAAAAGGAACAAUAAAAGAUUAUUUUAAAAAAUAA